UUGUUGAAGUUGGUGAAAAUGGGGAAGAAACAGCAUCAGAAAGACAAACUGUAAGUUAGAACCAUUAAGGAAACUCGGGAACUAUAUUUCAAUAGGAAAUUAAAAGAAAUAUUUGGUUUUUAUCUCAAGAUACUUGACUAACAAGGAGUGGAAAGAGGAGUGGGGAGGAAAAAAGGCUGGUGAGUUUUCCGUAUGUUCUAAUUCUUUUUUGAAAUUUCUGCACCACAAAACAUGGCACUAUCUUUAAUGCACUUCAUUAACUACGAGCAAUACUUAAAGUUAUAGAAAAUUGCGUUUGAUUUGGUUGUGUUCUUCUCAUUCUUAGAUGAUAAUUUGUAGAAAAUGAUGUGAAACGAGGUACUCCCUACCUCAAUUCACUUCCAUUCAAUCUCCCCUAAACAACAACAACAAAAGAUUAACAGCUAGAGGUGAUAAGGCUAUCAGCAAGUUUAUUUGAUGGCCAUGUUGUAAUUGAAGGUGACAUAUGACAUGAAAUGUGACCACUUACAUUUACACUUACAUAGAAUUAUCUUCACUCACAUUAGACUCCUAAAAAGUAAAAAAAAACCUAUGUACUGAAGCUGUCAGUUGGGCUUACUUUUAGCUCUUUAGAUUUCUGCAGCACGGCUUUAUAUCCCAGCCUCAUUUACAACUUCUGCACAAGUGUUAAUACUGCUCAAUAAACCAUAGGGAGUUUAAGAUACCGGUACAUUCAUCACUAUAGGGACAGCAAAGGGAAUGUCAAAAAAGCAAUAGGUUUAAUUAGCAAAACAACAACUCUGCAUCAGCAUCACACUUUAAGAUAUAUUUCUUUGCUUUCACUGGACAAUUAUGACGUGAAAUUGACUUAUGUCUUGCUUUAUGGAGAAUGUAAACAAACUAUGACAAAGUUUUCUUUUUUUCUUUUUCCUGAACUUGAUGGAUAUGGUUCUUAGAAAUUCAAAUAGAGAGGAGUUCUCCCACCCUAGAGCACUGUACAGGUGACAAAGUGUGCAAGUUGAAAUAAUAGCGAUGAAAAUCGAAAGAGCUUGAAUUCACAAUAAUUAUUUUGCUUACUAUUAAAUUCAGCAAACAUUGAUUGACAAAUUCAAAAUUUGGGAUUGUAUCAUUCAACAUUGAUAACAGCAAAUUCUUGCCCUGUUGUAAUGAUCUUGAUCUCAUAAUUCAAUACUUAGAUGUUCCUCAGAAAGCAAGUUUUAGAAGAUUACCAUUUCAUUGCUGCAGGUUUGUUUGCUUGAUCUAUGAGAAUUUCUGUAGGAGUGUAUGGUAGAACCUGAACAUAACAAACCAUUUACAGUGUAAUUAUAAUGAAGUCCUCAGUAAAUAAUGAAUAAAAUUGGCACAGGGAAACAAAGGAAACUGAGAAUCAAACCUGGAGGAAUACUGUUGGGGUUCAAACAUUUUAUUCUGUGUUGUUUUUUUCCUGCUUUUAGUCUUUCUCUGCAGCCAUUUGAGCACCCUCUCUGCACUAAGGAUGGAAUCAUAUUUGAUUUAUUGUAAGUGUUUCAUGUUAGCACAAUCUAGCUUCCACACACAAAUAAUUCACCGUUUUUGUUUUCUACAUGUUAAAUCUUCUUUUCAGCUACGGUAGUAUUCACCCUGUGAGCAGGGGGCGGAAUGUAGCUCUUUACAAGGCCUCACAGGAUUGGCUGUGAAAACAAUAGACAUAGAAAUAUAACAAUGACUCUACCCCUAAAACAAUGGAGCUGCAUGUUAUGGAGAACCAUUAUGAAAUUAGAGGUUUUUAGGAGCUGUGUACUAUCCCAUUAGCAGAGCUUCCUUUUGUCUUCCUGUCUAUCAAGGAGGAGAAAAGGAGCAAAGCUGUGCUCUAAGGAAAAUUGAAGGGAGCCCAGUGAUCUGAACCUGUAAAAUCUAGGGUGUCCAGCAUAUAGAUUCUAUGAAAAAACUGAGAUUUAUUAGUCGUUCGAGAGCAGAAGUUAGGUGCCAGGAGGUCCUUGGGCUCUGGUAGAGCACAGCCCUGAGGAGGCUCUCAGUCUACCUGAGUCAUGUCAAGCCUUUGUAGUUACCACAGCCUGAACUUCAGGAUUAGUCAAUCUUGUUUUCUCUGAUCUAACUGGUUGCUCAAGUGCAAGCAUCCAUUUAUUGAUGAACAAGUGGUCAUAUAUGUAACUAAGCCCACCAUACCAAGCAAAUGGGUAUAAGGCCUGGGUUUGAAACUGUAUCAUGGAAACAUGCAGCACAUGCCUAGCAGAGGUCUUACUUGAUAUAUGCAGAGUCUUUCUCAAGUACACCAAAAUUAUUGUUAUCAAGCAAGUGAAAGAAAGGCUGUCACUGGCAGUGUGCACAGUAUCCUGUUAUUGCAAAGAUUUUCUUUCUAAAGAAAAAAUGCAACUAAUUUUCAUCCACUAGCACGUGCAUUGAUUUUGCCUUUAGUUAACAAAUGACAGACAGUAGAAACCUAAUAUCUAAGUAUUUAAGUGAAGAAACUGUCCAAGAAAAAUACUUGGUGUGUUUUUCUAACACUUCUGUAGAAUGAUCUGUGCAUGAAUUAUGAUGCAUGUUUGCAAGUAUAUCAUUUUUUUCCUUUGUCAGAAACAUUGUUCCCUAUCUCAAGAAAUAUGCCAAAAAUCCAGUAACAGGAGAGGUUUGUACUGAAAUAUAUAGCAUCCAGUUAAACGCCUACUAAAGGCCACCCUUCUCGUAAUGGCCACAUUUUUUAGCUCCUGAGAUGCUUCAUAACAGCCAACUCUCCACAGCAGCAACAGCCACUCAAGUACAUCCCAACUACUAACAAAAGUUACAUGUACAGUGUAAGCUCUCCAUAGCAGCCAUUUAUCAUGCUCUACUCACUUUGUUUUGUUAACAUCAUUGUUCUGAACCAUUUGUUUCUGUGUUUGGCAUUUGUUUUACAAUCACAGAGUGUGCUAGACUUUAUUCUUCUUAGAGCUUGUAUUAAGAGGACCUCUAUUAAACGGUCACCCUCAAUUAAGCAGUCACUUACUAAAGUCCCGGAAAUCAUUUCCCUUAAUAAAUAGUGUAAAACUGACCUGAAUUAAGCAGUCACCUGUAUUAAGUGGUCACGGGCACCUUUUGCGAGGUCCUAAAGAGUUAUUUGAGAAGAAGUACCAGACUAGUGCAACUGUGUAUGGUGUCAAGUGGUCUCUAACAUUUUUCUUUUGGCCCAAGAAGAGUUAAAAACAUGUGGAGGUCAAAUUGUCGUGGGAUAGAUAUUUCACUCUUUGACUGCCUUCAUUUUCUUGAAUAACUCUCAUGUUUGUCAAACUUGUAUUAAAUGGUCAUCCUGUAUUAAACAGUCAGUAAGCCAUUCCCAAAGGUUGACCACUUAAUACAGAUCUGACUGUACACUGAUCAUCAGUACUAUUUUUUUUUCAUUAUUCUUUACAGCCUCUUCAGGCCAAAGAGCUGAUAAAACUGAAUUUUCAUAAAAAUGCAGAAGGUAAGUCAAUGGAAGUUGGAAUUUUGAGUACUUGUAGUAAAUAUAGUAUACUAAACCAUAUUUUUUAUUUUGAGGUGAAGGAAAAAGUAUUAAAAUGAAAUUAUUAGGGGAGUUUGUAGAAGAACGUAAAUAAUUAUGAGUGCUAAAAAUUCCAACUUCAAUUAUUACACUCAGCCCUAAUCCUGUUGUGUAUGCUGUUGGUCAAUUUGUCCUUGAUUUAAAUUCAUUUUCUUUUAUUUCAAAUUUAUUAUUGACACUACCAUGCCUAAAACAGAGAAAAAAAAUUAAAUCAAGGAUAAAAAUGAACGUUAACUUACAUGAACACUGUGAGCCUCCCUUGAACAUUAAAUUUCUGGGUGCCGCAGUACAUGAGGAGAUCCGUGGAGAAACCUGGGGUUAAGGAUCCUUUACUUUUGGCUGGGAUUGGGGACUGGGUUUAUUUUAUUAGUGGUACACAGUCUAUAGUACUGUAAUUGGAUGGUUACAUGUCCAAAGAUUUCCAUGAGCAAUAACACACAUAAAUGAGGAAGCUAAGACAUCAGGUUGACAUUUACAAGAAACUGAUUUUUACUUUAAGGUUAUAUAUUUUUCCUGUAUUUGCUUGUAUAUCAACUGGUAAUGUGACCAUAGCUUGUUUGUGACAGUCAGUGUUCAGUGGCAUUUUUCACCUAAUAUGUUAUCAAUGCAUCUGGGUAUGACCCCUGCUGGUUUAAGCGGUUUUCAGUAACAGAGCAAACUAGAGUAGGUGGUGAAACACAAAUUUUGUUUUAUCGACUGACUUGACAAAUCUAAGAAGAAUAAAUGGCUGACGUUUCAAGAGCUAGCCCUCCAGCAGUGCAUUUUAAACACUAACCCCAUGUUAGAGAGUUACGUUGUAUGAGCAGUAGCCCUCAAAUUUUUUCUCUCUAACAAAGGGCAAGGGCUUGAAUCAUAAACACCAGUCAUGCCAUCAGCUAAGUUGUUUAAACAGAAAUUUUGUGUUUUUCUUUAGAAACUUAACCCUUCAUUCAAAAAGUGGGUGGUAUAAUGUUGUGCAGUUGACAACUGCACCAUCUGUUGAUAACACUUGCUCCUUGAUUUUCAGGCCAGUUUCACUGUCCAGUAACAUUCAAAGUCUUCAAUAAUAACUCACACAUUGUUGCAAUAAAACCAACGGGAAAUGUGUUCUCUUAUGAAGUAAGUUUUUGAAAAGAUUCUCUUUGAACUCUUUAUGAACUGAGUAAAUUUCAAUAUUCAGGCAAACUCAUUUCUCUUAAUUAAUUUUUUAUUUAUCAUCAUUUAAAUGCCUGCUUGUUUUCAAUUGCAGGCAGUAGAGCAAUUAAACAUUAAGCCAAAGAACUUCAAAGACCUUCUGACAGAUGAACCUUUUACAAGAAAAGAUAUAAUAACAAUACAGGUUUGUGUUAAAGUCACAUACAUGUAGUUGUCAUUUUAGACUGCAAAAAAUGGAGGUAUAUUUUUUGAGUCAGUGAGCGCUCGAUUUUUCUAGUAUAUACUUCACGUCAGAAUUCUAUGAUUGCAUUGAACUUAUUACAGAGCACUCUUUAUACAUGUAACUCAUUUUCACAGCCUUCUUUCGCAGGCAUUUUCUGACCUGUCUGCCUUGUCCCAUAUGCCCCCUACCUUACCUCUUGUAACCCAUGGACCACAACCUGAGCAAGAUUUAGUACUUACAGCUGUACAUGCCCCUUAAAAAUCCAUAUACUGAAAGCUAUUCUUUUUUUGCACAUGUACACUGUACACUUGGUUGUAAUUAUUCUACCUGCAGCUACUGGUAGCUUCCCAUAAGGUAACUGUAGGCACUUAAGCCUGAAGUUCAAAAGCCAACUGAUGAUUGCGUUUUUCACUGCCAUCAAUCAUCUUAAGAGACCUCUUAGGAAACAAAACUUUACUUUAACUGGCUCAAAAGGUCAUUGUUAAUGAAUUGUGAUUGGUGGAUUUCGAUCCAUUUUGUGUGUUUCUGUGUUUCAAGGUUCUUUUCUUGUGAUCAUAAUUAUGAUUGACAACAUUGAAAAACGCAAUUGUGAGGGCAGCUUUUGAGCUUUAGAGUUCGCAUGUUUGUGAAUAGUGCAGUAAUAAAAAUGAUAAUAACAAUUUAGAGAUAGCACAUCCACUUAGCGGUUCUUCAUCUACCUUAUUGGUGGUCAAAUUGGAAUUUGGAAAACCAGAGUACCCCGAGGAAAACCUUGCAGAGCAAGGGAGAGAACCAACAACAAACUCAACCCAAAUAUGGCAUCAAAAGCCAGGAUUUGAACCCGGGCCACAUUGGUGGGAGGCAAGUGCUCUCACAACUGCACCACCCUUACUCUCCAAAUUUUUUUUUUUUUAUCUUUGUCUCUCCUUAACAGGAUCCAACAAGUCUUGAUAAGUUUAAUCUGUCAAAUUUCCAUCAUCUAAAGAACAAUCUGAAAGUAGUAAAUGAAGGUUGGUUAAAUCAUGAUUUCAAUAGUAAUUUUAUUUUUGUUUGUCUUCUAUUACAUGCAUUUCUUUGUACAGGUUUAGUGAGUGAAGGCAAUGUGGCUAGAAAGUCCUGAGUAUGAGUGUUACCGUUGGGAGGUUUUUUGGAAGGAAAAACAAAAUAUUAGUGAGUUUACGCAACAGGAUGGCACAAAGAAAAGGACAGCAAAACGCUUGAGUGUGACAAAAGUGAAAGGGCUAUUACUUGCAUGUUUAGUCAGGAAUUCACUUAACAUGCAUAUUUUUGGCUCCUCUACAAAAAGAUGUGUUCAAAGGAAUGUGAAGUUUGGCGGAAGGUUUUUUCAAACAAAAUUUGCCAUCAUCUUUCUUUGUCUGUUCUGUUGCAUAAGUUCACUAUUAUCAGGUCAAUGUAGACCUCAAAACCACACAUGAUGAUGUUGACCAUAGCUUGAUAGCCUCUGCAACAACUGUAUCUUUCAAUAAUUGAAAUUAUUGAAUUUACUGGACCCUAAGUCAGGUACAUUUGCAUCACAGCAUUGCAAUACUACUUAGAUAUACCUGCCAAAGUAAGAAUAAUCAUACAAUAAAUACUUUAUAGCAUGUUUUUACAUGUUUCUGCCAUAUUAUUUAUUAUUUUGAUUGUAUUUUCUUUUUCAGAGGAGGAAAAAGCUAAGAAAGACCCAAAGUAUUAUUUGAACAGAGCUAACAAAGACACAUUAGGUAUUUUAAGUGAGCUGGAGAAAACCUACAAAGAACCAGUAAGUUAUGACUGUAUUUUGUAUUUUUUAAUAAGAAAUUAAUCUUUAAUGAUAAUGAGGAGGCCUGAAUAUCACAAAAAUGGGGUCGCGGUAGCUUAAGGGAGGUGGUCAUUUACUAGAGGUUUCAACUGUAAGGUUUUGACUGGGAAUACUUAGGUGUUUUGGAUAGGUGGUCGCUUAUGGGAGGUGGUAUCCUAUGAGAGGUGGCGCAAUAAAUUUAUCAGAGGUUCAACUGCAUAAUGUCACCGUGGUCAAAAAGAGGUAGAAUGAAAGUAAUGUCAGUACUUAAUAGUAGGCAGGACUUGAUGCACCACAAGAGACAGUUUUUUUUAAGGCAGUCAUUAAUAUUAAUUUGCACUUAUCACCCAAUGAUCUUUUUUGAGUCUUUCUUUAUCUUUAUCGAGGAAAUAAUCCUAGUGGUAGACAGGGCUUGAUGUACUAUGAAAGAUCUAGUUUCAUAUUUAUCUUAUGAUCCACAUAAUUAAAAGAAAAAAAAUGAAAGAUGCAGCUGUAUAAUUCACAUUUGUGACCAAAUGAUCACUUUUUUUUAUUCCCUCUCGGUCUUGUCAUUUAUUUGUAGGAGAAAAAGAGCACUGAGAAAGCUGAGUCACUCACAGAAAGGAAUGCUGUAAGUUGUCUCUCUAACAUCAGUUAUAUCAUGUAUCUUAAAAUAGUCAAACCUUUCCUUACGAUGAUAAUAUCAUCACAAGGAAAGGUUUAUCUUCAGUUAGUAAAAUCCAACUAGUGCUCUAUUAUCAAUGCUGCAUUCUGAUUGGUUGAGCUACUACUAGGCUAUAUGUUAUAGCCUACUAGUAGUGAAAAGAGUCGGAUUUUUGGCCACAAAAAAAUGAUUAAAGUCUUGCUUUAAGUUGUUUUGUCUCGAUAUUUUUGAGCAACCAGUUGGAUUUUACUAGAAUAAUUAUUAUUGCUCGCAUCCUCAUGCCCUCUGAGUCAAUAGCCCAUAAUUACUGUUAAUAAUACAUUAUACCUCACUUUUUAAUACAAGUUGUUGGUUUGGUUCCAUUGAUGCCAAACUUCAUACAAUCCCUUCUUCUAUAACAUGGAUACCUCCUGAAUGACAAAAUGUGGACACUUGACACUAAUCUUUUGAUGCCUUUUUUAUAAGAAGGGUUGAUUGUACUAUGAUAUUACAGAAGACACGAUAGCCACCCCCCAUAAAAGGAUAACUCCUUGGAAAAUUUCAGUUAUGUUUUAACGUAAAACACUGCCUUUAGGGACCCUUUUUCCCACUGAAAUUUCCAAUGAUCUGUCUUGAGAAGAAUAUAGCUAUUUUGUGGAACCACACAUCACUUCUUUACUUCAUAGCUUGUUUUGACAAGUGUUGAGAUGAAGUUCUGGUUGUUUUCUUCAUCAAUACAGGCUCAUUAUUCUACUGGAGCUGUUGCUAGUUCAUUUACAUCCACAGCUCAAGUUCCUGUUACACAACAGGAGGCAGGUAUGAAAAGCCCUGCAUUGGAACAACUACAGCAACUGUAUAUGUUGUAGUUAACUUUCUAUCUCAAGUAAUUUUUUUGUUGUUGUUUUAACUUCAUUAGCAUACAUCACCAUACCCAAAAACAAAAGAAAAACAAAAUUAAUAUUACCUGAGAUAAGAAAUUGACUACAACAUAUAUAUAUUUAGGUGUUGAUUGCUAGGAAUCAAAAUAAUGCUUCUUGAUUCCUGUCUCUUUCAAUUUUUUGAAAUCAAAAUUCUUUUAGUUUAAAUCUGUCCACCAGAUACUGAUGUUCAAUAGGUGAGAGGACCAAACUGCAAUGGAGUUCCCCUUGUUACCCCUUUGUUCCCAGCAAGAACUCUUCCAUUGAUGUUAUUAAAUGAAAUUAAUCCAUUUAAUAUCAAUUUUGUGGUUUGUUCUUUUAAGCUGUUAUUGAUCAGGAUGUUGUCAGGUACCGAGAAGUUAAGAAGAAAGGUUAGUAGUCUUUCACUUUGUGCAGAAGUGUUGCACAGUUAUGUAACUUCCUUGUAUAACCCUAAGUUAUACAAAUAUUUUCUGAAAAGCAAAGAAAUGCAAGGUAUUAUGUUUGAAAUAAUACUUUUUGAGCAAAAAUGUGCACAGAAAACAGUCCACAUAAUUGGGGUAAUGUGAUACUCUGGACCCAGUUCCUGAAGGGCCGUCUUAGCACUAAUCAAGGAUUCAAAUUGUGUUCCACUUUCUGUAUUUACCUACCUAUGCGUUGCUUAGAGUAACAUUUUGUAUUGUCAUUACUGUAUCUCAGAGUAAAGGCUCAACAGCAUUUUGUAAGCUUAAGUUCCAAGUUCUUAGACAAGAAAACCAUGCUUAAAGUUUGGAUUAAUCUUAGAUUAAACUUAACCAUCUCUCGAUGAAGCGGCCCCAGUACUUUAAAGCACUGUAAUGUUCUGCAAAACAAGAAAAGGAUACAAAAUUGGUUUUGCUGUUUGUGAAAUGAUUUCAUUUAAAGUCCUUUUGAGGAGAGGCUAGGCAACAGGAAUUUUGAUUGGCACAUUUCACUUGCCAGGCCUAAAAAUUAUGUUUCCUGUUCAGGUUAUGUGAGAUUGCAAACCAGUCAUGGUGACUUGAACUUGGAGCUUCACUGCGAAAUGGUAAGAGAUUAGUGUCACACUUCUAUAUUAUAUUACUGGCUCUGCAAGCGGGCAAGGUGACAUGAAUUUUUCUGUUCUGAUUAUCUACAUGCACAAAGUUGCCUCAGGAAUGCCUUCUACUAUUUAAGUAGAGCAUUAAUUUCCCCAACCGCAAUUUCCAUCAUUUUGGCUCCAAAUUCUUGAUACUUUUUUGAUGUUCUUGACACCUAAGAAAGGUGAGAAUUUUAUCUGGGUGGAGAUCUGCCAGAAUCAGUGAAACUGUAAAGAAGCUUCAAAGUGGUGCUAGAUAUCUUUGCUUGACCCCCUUCGUAGGUUUAGGGAAAGUACCACGUGACAAACAAAGUUCAUGGUAAUUUCCAAGACCUUAAUUUCAUGGAGCAUUAAUUUCCUGUAAUAAGGUAAAUAUCUCUAUUGGUCAUGAUUAGAUUAAAUCCUUUACCAAGCUUGCUCCAUUCAGUAGCUAGAUAUUGUAAAAAAAAUCCUCAUCAACCAUUGGAAUUCGGUCUAGAUAGAGGCUCCUUACAACAAACUACAGUCAUUUGACAAUGUUGACUGAUACCUUGGUUGACACCCCUAUGAGACCCAAGAUCCACAAAGUGUUGGUAAAACUGUUUAAAAGAUGUGUUGGCAGUUUUUAUUUGCCUUGUCUAGGUUUCCAAAACAUGUGAGAAUUUUAUCAAGCUUUGCAGUAGAGGCUACUAUGACAACACAAGUGAGUCAGUUUAAAAUGUAAUGAUUUUAUCAUUACUACUAUUAGCAGUAGUAGUAGUAGUAGUAGUGGUAGUAGUAGUAGUAUUUGAUUUGUUUGUUUUUAAAGAACACUGCUUAUGAUUUGAUCUAAUAUUGUUUUCUUUUUUUCUGUUUUAGUUUUUCAUCGAUCCAUCAGGAAUUUUAUGGUAAGUACAGAGCUAAGUCACAUACAUGUAGUUGAUCAACGAGUAAUGGGUCUUGAGCAAAGGCGCCAGUAAAGUUAGAGCAUUUGAUUGAGAAUACAUGGAAUAAAUGCUAAAACUCAUUUGUUUUCUCCUUCAUUGCUUGAUAAAAAUCCUGAAAUUUGGUGGAUUUCAAUAGGUAAGGUGAAUGUAGCACUCCAAUGGUCCAAAAAUUUGGGAUUGAAGAGAUUUGUCACAAAUAUCUGCCUAUCAAUUGAACACACCCUUAAGUGAUGAUUGGGUAUACCCGGGUUGCAGAUGUAAUCUAGCCCUGAUUAGUAACAUGUGUAAGCAACAGCGAUAUUUUCGUUCUGGUUCCCCAAUGGACUCAACAAUUAUCGGAAAUGUGUUUUGAGUUUCCCUUCAACCUGAUUGGCAAAUUGACUGUCACUUUUUCAACAGGCCAAUCAUGGUGUGUACUCAAAUCAUGGUACACAGGUGGAGGCCAAGAACAAAUAUUUCAGUGCCGUUUAGUUCUGUCUGUGGUGCCAGUUAGAUUGGUUGGUCCCCAGUCAUCACUUGCCCUUGUGACUUACUUAACCUGUCUGUCAUCAGUGAAUCUCAAAAAGAGAACUUGUAUUAAGGCUUUUAGCUACUAGCCUAUUUAAAGGGAGUGGGAAUGUGCAUUCUUGUACAAUCUGUGAAAUUGCAUUCCUGGUAGGUGGCCCUUGAAAAUCGAAUAUGGUCCUUGAAAAGUCCUUUAAAGUGGUUGCAAUUUUUUGUAUGAACCUGUGAAGUCUAAUUUCCCUUUACUCACAGUUUUGAAUAUAGUAUAGAGUUGAACACAGUAUAUUUACCCUUAUUCAAUGUUUCCUGUCUGUUGUCGGUAGAUUCAAGGUGGGGAUCCAACUGGUACUGGAACAGGUACAGAUAAAGAAUUUCCCGGAUUUAUGCAUUGUGGGAUGAGUUUGCAAUAAUACGUUAAGAGUGCAUGUAUUAUAUGGAAAUAGUAAUGUUGUUGUUGCACCUGUUCCGGUUUGUUUGUAAGCAGCCCACCCACACUGGCCUGCUUUUAUUCUAGAAAGAUAUCAGCGCUGGAGAUUGCAGCUGUUGUCUUUUAGAAUUCCACUGUCACCCAUCCUUGGAAUGAGCGCAAACAUCCUUGCAGCCUUCUAUAUAGUCUUCUACACAGCCAUUUUGUGUCCUCACGCAACGCUCCUGCCCACAAGCGGUUCGUUUUUCGUUUCCACAGAGAACAGUUGUAGCAGACUACCUUCUCACAGCAAUAUUUAAGAAAUAAUAUGACAAUAAUGUUGAUAUAUGUAAUGAUUAAUGGAACGAGAUCAGAGGUGCUUCUUUGUCUGUUCCUUAAGUGAUCUAAUACCAACGCCAGUGUAGAGUUUUUAGCCUUUUUUCUGGUGGUGAGAUAUCUGUGGAGCAAAUUAAUUUGUUCAUUGACUAGUGUUUUCUUGUGUGUUUUCAGGAGGGGAAUCAGCGUGGGGUGCACCGUUUAAGGAUGAAUUCAAACCAAACCUUAUACAUCAAGGUGGGUGACAGAAUAACGGUCGUGCUGUGUACUUUAUUACUUCUUUGUCUUAAAAUACUUGCCAAGUGUGACAUUAGGUCUUUGCUGUAGGUGGACUUCACCUCUCAGUUUCAUUGUUAGCCUUAGAAGACAGUCGCAUUUCGCGAUGCCACCACUGGUUUCCCCGCGAAAUGACGUCUGAGAAACGAACGCAGAAAUUCCAAACUGAUGACGCUUGUUGACCACCCAGAUCUGGGUAGUGGUUCUGAUUGGUUGAAGCAAAUUUCCAACCAAUCAGAAGCACCAUCCAUCAUCAGUAUAGAAUUUCAGCGCUCAUUUCUUAGACGUCAUUUCACGAGGAAACUCCUUAGGGAUGGCGUCGCGAAAUGUCGGCUGUUUUCUCAGGCUGUGUUAGUGGGUGCAUCUCUAUCAUUUUUUCUUGCGGUUUGUAUCCCAAAUUAAGAAAAUUCAAGUUUGACGUUUUAAGACGCCUGCAUUGUCUAACAACAUAUCUGAAUCUGAAACGAUUAGAACAGUACAGAAUCUAUUAAUUUUUUCUUCAGGCAGAGGAAUUUUGAGUAUGGCAAAUUCAGGACCAAACACAAAUAAAUCACAAUUGUAAGUGUUUUCUAAAAAUCUGCAUGCGCUUGUAAUUAGUCUCCAGUUGUUGUGUCGUUGUGACCCACGAUGACUCACGGCAGUUGGAGACUGGAUACUUGUUGGCAGUCGGUACUCCCUUUAUUGGAGUCACUAGACUGCUGACAGUUGUUGAGAGCAAGUCGAUAGAGCAAGGAAAUCUUGAGGGCCCGAAAUCGUGAAUGACGUAUAAAAAUAUAGAAUGCAGUAAUUUUGUUUUAUGUUCUUGAUGACAUAUCUUAGGCGUUCGUCACGCAAUCAUUCCUCCCCUACGAGGGGAAGGAACGCGUGACGAACCCCUAAGAAAGUCUGCGUGGGAGGCUAUUGAUGACAUAGCUAAAAACACCCUAGAAGCGAGGUUAUCCUUGUCUAUAAAGCGUCCUAAUCCAUUCACUGUAAAAUUGAUAAUGUGAUCUGUUUACUUGUAGCUUCAUUACGUUUCGCUCUUGUCGCCAUUUGGAUGAAAAGCAUUCCGUGUUUGGCAGGUAACAUUUUUGAUACACAUUGUUGUGCUCAUUUGUACAUGAAGGAACUUUUCAGGACGAGUAUUGUAAAUUGUUCAGUGGCGGAUCCAGACCUUCAGAUAAGGUGGGGGAGGGGGGCGGUCUCCAAAAAAUUUUUUUUCGGCCCUUCGGGCCUCAGUUUGGUCUAAAAGUAAGGGAAAGGCGGGGCCCCCGGCCCCCAGCCCCAUCCCCUUGAUCCGCCUCUGUUGUCUUAUUUUGUUUGUGAACACUAUUGCUUAGUUUGCCGGAAAAAAAAAAAAAACAAAAGAAAAAGAAGAUGUCAAACCUUUUAACAUUGAAUUUUAUUGGCAGAUUGGUGGGUGGCCAUGAAACUUUGAACGCUAUGGAAAGAGUUGAAUGCGACGAAAAAGAUCGACCAAAGGUUAACGCAUACCGAAUUCAGUUCAAUUCUUCUUUAUUUAGAUAAAAUAAUAUAACCUCGGACAUCAUUUACUCUCGUUGUAACUCGUCUAUGCUUAAAAGUUGUUUUAUAACUGUUUUUUAGGAGGUGAUAAAGCUGAUCAAGGCAGUUGUGUUUGUGAAUCCGUUUGAAGAAGUGGACGCAAUUGUAAGUACAUGUAGUCUUGUUUCAUAUUGGUUUCGCAUUACCUCGUCUCCUCGAAUUUAAAAAUUCCUUUUGAAAUUCUUUUUUCCUUCCUACCUUCCCCUUCAUUUUCAAAAUAAUAUGUAUGAAUUGAAAUUACCGUAUUUAUUUUAAUAAGCGCCCAACCUCAAAUUAGCGCCCACUUCGAAUAAGUGCCAAUCCUAAAGGCAGAAAAAGUUAAUAAGCGCCCAGCCUCGAAUAAACGCUCAAAGGCAACGAUCCUCUUUUUCUUUUCCAUAAUUAUUGAUAAAGUCCUUUAGAAUUCAACUCUCGCCAAGAUUUGACGAAAUGAACGAGAUGAAAUGAGCGCGAUAAAGUUUGAAGUGGCGCGAACACACUUUUUAAGUGACGUUUUCGUGGCCGUCGUUGUUCCUUAAGCUCCCUAUUGACAAGAUGCUGUGGAAUACUGUUAGCAGGCUGUUGAAUCUUUUUCGUUGAGAAAUUAUUUUUCAGCAUCUAGAGAAUACAGGCAUCCCAGACCUCCUAUAUUUUCUAUCAAGAGCCCUUGUUUCUAUUUAUCCUAUAAUUUGUAUAGGAUCCUAUAAAGAGCCUAUAUUUCAAGAAAUCCUCCUAUAUUUCCUAUAAAUAGGACAUAUUCUGAUAUCUGCAUUUUGCACUGUGAAGCAAUUUUGUUGUGAAUUAACAAAAUCAAAAUUCUUUAGUAUUUUUUUAAUUUUCUUGAUUUUUUUUUUUUUGAUUUUUUUUUCCUAUAAAGAGCCUAUGUUUUGGCAGAAAAUUCCUACAUUUUCCUACAUUUUGAACUUGAACAGCCUAUUUUACAUAUCAGAAUUUCCAAAACCUGGCUGGGAUGUCUGAGAAUAGAUGUAGAAUUAAUGCCUGAGUUGUAAAGUUAAUACCCGAGUUUUGGUAGCCUGAGUAGUAGGCGCUUGGAAGUAAUGGGCGCAAGAAAGAACGGGGCGCGCGAGGGAGACACUCCUCUUGCGCCCAUUACUUCCAAGCGCCUGCUUAAACUACGCCGGCUGGAGUUUUAGUUGCUGGGUGUUUUCUUUUCGCGCCCUAGAAAUUUCCUGGAAAGCCCCAGAAUUCCCCAUCGUUUCCUCGAAGUACGAACUCUGUUUCAACUUUGUCCAGUCAUGUACUUCAUUCAGCUGAUCUGUGUGUUGAUUUUUUUUUUAGCUCGAAAAAGAGCGCGAGAAACAGGAAGAAGAACAGAAACGACAGGUAACACACCUAAUCGGUUUUAUUUCUGUUUUCUUUUACAUGAAUAAGGGUAUAUUAACAGACAACACCGGCAGCAGUGGAAAUCGUUUAUCCUUUGCUCAAGGGCAGCCAAAAAUUCAGUUUUCUUUGAUACUGACAAACAAACAGAAUUAGAUGAAGUACUGAAGAGGUUUUAUUUGAAUGCUUACACCCCUUGCCACUUUCCCCUUUAUGACAACGUUAAAUGCCCGUAAAUGAAAAUACAGACUUGUGAAGCCAGGAAGCCAUGUCAUGUGAUCGGAAGUCAACAUCUAAACAAGGUGAGAUUAUUUUCGCGUAGACUGCAAACAGUCCGUAUUUUUACGUAGGUCGAGAACGCAAGAGAACAAAAGUCCAGGAGCGAGGCCGCGAGGGUGGAAACAAAGUGUGAGGCUUUUGCGCCUCGUGCAAAAAUCUCGCGAGCGCGCCUUGAACAACAGAUUUCGAAAAAAAAAAGCGACUGUUAUGCAGUCUAAAAUCCUCGAAAACUCCUCGCGUGACACUUUUGACGGUUUCGUCUUCAGGAUGAAGAGGCAAGAAAGAAGAAAGCGGCGGCCACGCCGGCAGAAGCACCCAAAGUUUAUCGGUCAGGAGUCGGAAAGUACAUUCCAAACAAACCUGCUUCAAGGUAUCACUCGUUUACCAAACCGAUACGUUGUCAAUUAUCUCAACUUAUUAUUAGUUUUCCUAGGAAUUGGAUCUGAGUAUUUUUGGAGAUUUUAAGAGAAGUCCCCUUAAUUAUCGUCCUUUUGGUAACGACUGAUUCAGUGGUGUUUUGAGAUCUUCAAGUAUAGUAAAGGACUCACUCAUCCAGGCCCUAAUAAAAGAGGGGGGCCUGGUCUCAAAGAUAAUUUUUCUCAGCCCUGUGGGCUUCAAUUUGGCCUAAAAAUAAAGAGGAACUCCCGUGCCCCUCCUCCUAGAUCCAACAGUGUGAUUGAAGUAAGCCCGUAUUUAAAGGCCUUUCUGGCCUUGACACGCCAGGAGGUAUAGUGCUCCCCAGGAGUUUGUCGCUCACCUUUUGCCCAGUACUGGUUCUUGAAUCCUCGACUGCAAAAGAGGAUUUUGAAUCCAAACUUGUAGGCUUCUCUCAAACGUUCUGUAAUAACAGAUCUGCUUGAAUAGGAGUUAGGUCCCCGCCGUAGAACGAGAUUUAAGAAAGGUCGCUUGAAUAGAGGCCUUGGUUUUUAAGAAUAACUAAGGCUCUUUUAUUAGCCUACUUGUAAUCAGGCCUCGUUUUGUUGGAGCCAGUGGCAAGUGUGGCUAGGUUGUUUAAAGUGUUUAAUCAGAGCAUUUAUCAAACCGCUUCAACACUUACAUUCUAACCGAUCGAAAACGGCGAUGCCUUUAGAAUACAAAAUCUUGUUUAUGCUUUUUUGUUUUAUUUUCUCAAAAUUAGGGACGCUGAUAUCGCUGAGCUCGCCCCGCAAACGAGUAAGAAGAAAAUCAAGACUUCUGGUGGGUUCAAAGACUUCAGUUCAUGGUGACGUGAAAGUGAGAAUUCCCGGGGAAAACCAGGGUGGCAACGACUUUCUGGAUUGGUUCUGUUAAAGUUGACUUUACCGUUUUCUAUCCACUCACUGAAUGCUCGGUCAACAAGCCACCCGGUAUUAACCAAGGGGAUAAGGAGGUCUUAUUGGUCAGAACUGUCAGGACACUUUACGUGCUAAUCGAUCCAAGGGAAUGGAAUCUGGUGUGAGACCCAAUCUAGCACUGCAUAGCCUUGUUCACGUGACACGUGACUUGAAGUGAUUCAUAGGAAACUUAUCCAACAUGAGAGCGCUAUAACAGUUUGUAUUGUAAAAAAGACAGCUACUUUGUACAGAAUGGUGAUUCCAGUAGAUUAGGCUAUAGUAGAAGGAAUUAUUUCCCCUUCUCGUGACCAAGCUUGGAGACUGAUAGGCAAGGGCUUGUCGCUAUAGCAACUUCCGGCCACGAGACCGGUCACUCGUACUCACUCGUAUUCGUUAUUCGAGUCUAAAUCGUCACGGCAAUUGUCCCAAAAAUAAAAAUAAGGAAACGGUGUCUCUCGAAUAUUUCAAGAGAAGAAGAAGCGGGUAACGUUCUAGAAUACGACUACGAAUACGUGCCUAGAAUACGAUUGCGAAGCGAUCAAAGAAACCCUUAUUGGUAUUCAUACCAUUGUAAACACCUGUUACUGUAACGCAGUCCUCUUACAACUUGGAACGUGACUUGUAGAACCACUAGUCUACAUUUAGCAGAAGGGACUCAAACAAGAGCGGCAAACCUUUUAAUUUCAUACAGUAACUUAAGGAAAUCAUUAUUUAGCGGUGAAGUUUUUAACUCGGAAAACUGCUUUUCCUUUUUAAUACUUUUUUUUUUUCGUUAUCGUACAAAUCAUUUCGUGACCUAGCGGCGAAAGUGUACAUUAUAAUUUAUUACAACAAAAUGUAAAUUUCAGCAGUCAGGCCAAGGUUUCACUUAAACUCAAGAUUUUUUGACAACAAAAAAUUUUAAAUUUCAGGUGGUACAGCACCAGGCUCGGGGAAAAUAUUUUCUGCAGCUUAAAUAUAAACCUAAUUUAAUAUGGUGGCUUAAAAUAAGUCAUCCGAUUCGUAAUUCAUCAAAAUUAAACCAUGUUUAGUGUUGCGUGCAAAAAUAUAGUUUUGAGCUUUUUAUUAGUGGACUUCUUAUUUCCCGAAUCACGCACCGAAUAUCACGCGGAAAAAAUAGGAAAACGAAACGUACGAAGAACUACUGAAAAAGAAAUUAAAGUGAAAUUAAUAUUUCAGUAGUUUUUUUGGUCAACUGCGUAUGAGUUUUUAAAGAGGUAAGUGGUAAAAUUUGGCUUUUUUGUAAACGGCCAAUUUUUAUGCUUGCGUGCUCGAGAACGGCAUGCCGGUCUCGUGAAAUUUAAGUGACAUAUUUAACCUGUGCUAAAAAUUGUCUUUUUAAUGUAAAUUGUCGGUUGACAUUUCAUAUACGAUUAAGAUAUUAACAAAAGAAACACGAGCGUGUCGACCAGUUUGGAUUUUCGUGGAUAGCAGCAACUUUGAAUCUAUAAGAAAUGGCUCAAAAAGUAAGUAUUUAUAAACCUUAAGAUCACUGCUAAAAUGACUGAAUUUGUCUGUGUAGACGGCGAAAAAUUGCUGUGGUGUAAUUUUAUUUUCAAACAAAAUCCUACCAGGAGUGUUCCACUGGUAGCAACAAUAACAUUGCCUAACCUGCGAUCAGGCGCUCCUUCUUCCCUUUCCCCUAAAAACAGAAACCCCUCCUCGCAGGUUAUAACAUUGCCUAGCCUUAAAACCAAGUUUGUUUUCCCUUGAAGUUUAUUGUAAGAAAAAAGUUCUUUGGCUUCGUGAAUUCUGAAAGGGAACUGAUAUGAAUUAUACUUAACUAUCUUGAGUCCGAAAUUUGUUUGGAAAUUUUAACAAACCGUUGUUUUUGUUGAUAACUCAAAAUACAACUGAAACGCAUUACGUUCGAUUACUGUAAACUUGUUUGUGAAGUUAACGAUUCUUGGAGGUUUUGCACUAUAGUGCGGCAAAGCGUUGCCGCUGUAGAUCAUUCUUUUCAAGCCAUUGUGCAGUCGUUUUUCUGAAUAACCGUUGUACAUUCUGUAAAAGUGGCGGAACAUAUGAUGCUUAGAUUAAGUUUUUGGAGUACAGUUAAACGUGCAUUUAGCGGUCACCCUGUGGUUUUCCCAAUUUUCGCGAUUUUAGGCACAUUUACAAUCUUGGACAAAAUGGAUGGAAAAUUAACACCAUCCUCUCUACCCGCGUCUUCGAAAUCAAGCUGGGAAAAUGGCAUAUUUUAGUCUUCGCUCCGCUUCAUCCUCGAUUUCGAGAGAAAUUAUUCUGUCCAAGAUUAUAGGGCCAUCUGGCUUUUAAGAAAAUUAUACCCAGGUUGUAAUUCCUCUUUCCUCUUCAAUAAGCCUCUCCGGGUGUAAACUUUCUCUAUUUUUCCUUUAGUUUAAGAUCCACGAUUAUAUGACUACUUAGUUUUUGGGAAAAUUAUACCCGGGUUGUAAUUACUGCCUCCCUUUAAUAAGCCUCUCCGGGUGUAAACUCCCUCUAUUUUUCCUUUUGUUUAAGGUCCAAGAUUGCAUUACUACUGAGCUUUAAAGAAAUUUAUACCCUGGUUGUAAUUCCCCCUCCUCUUUAAUAAGCCUCUCCGGGUGUAAACUCCCUCUAUUUGUCCUUUUGUUUAGGAUCCAAAAUUAUAUGACUACUUGGCUUUUAAGAAAAUUAUACCCGGGUUGUAAUUACCCCCUCCCUUUAAUAAGCGUCUCUGGGUGUAAACUCCCUCUAUUUUCCCUUUUGUUUAAGAUCCAAGAUUAUAUGACUACAGAUGUACUUAGCUUUUAAAAAAAUUAUACCCGGGUUGUAAUUAGCCCCUCCUCUUUACUAAGCCUCUCCGGGUGUUAACUCCCUCUAUUUUCCCUCUGACUUAAUAAUCUUAAUUAACACUACCAAAGUAAAACUUUAAACGCGAAUACUUAGAAAAGUAAAGGCUGAUAGCCUUGCCGGUCUCACCCAAGUUGUUUUCGUUUUUAAUAAAUCUUGACGAUGCCAAAUUCGUAAUGCCUAGUUGUCUUGCUGUUAUAGAGACGACUUUGCCAAAAGUGUAGGCGACCCUUUGAGGAAUAUUGCGAAAUGUGUACUUCAGGUUGACGUACGGCGCUCAAAAGCGUCCUUGCUUAAACUCUCUAUUGUAUGUGAGAAUUCCCUUUAGUAGAAUUCAGUACUUAAGUGCAAAUAAUUGGGAUGGCUGCUUAAUUUUGUUGUACCUGUAUUGUAGUGCUUAAAGGAAGCAGGUUGGGUCUUUUUAAUGCAAAUGAUCACCUUUUUUCCAACUAUUGUAGCCUUUUGGAGGGAUUCAGAUUUCAAUUACAGGUUACCUCCCAUAUACCAGAUACCUGUACCAAGUUCUAAUGAACAGUUUACUGGUAACCAUGAGUGAAACAUCGAACUGAGAAACUUUGGUUUUGUGUUUCUAUGGAUCUUGAAGGAGGCAACAUUCUCUUUGCGCAAUCGCUUAGUCUCCUUCAUUCCAAGAAGUAAGGGUCGCCUUAUUUAAGCCCACCUGAAAGGGCUCCUGGGACGAUUUUCGCCGCUAUUUGGAAAGGCCCCAAUAAAUGAAUACUAAGGAGCAAAAACCGUUUUUAAAUUUGCUUUGAAGAUUAGCCCUGUUUAAAAGGGCGUAAACUUUGCAAGUGUUUAUAUCUUUUUUUUUUUUGUAAAGAGAUGAACGUGUGAGAUUUCUAACACAACGACCUGCUACCUGGACCACGCGUUCUUUUUUUUUUAAUUUGUCGCAGAGGUUUUAAGUAAAGUAAACAUACUGGUAAUUGUUUUGUAGCCAGAUAGUUAUUAGAUGUUUGUUAAUAGCUGAUCGAUUAAGUAAAGUACAUGUUUUCCGUUUCAACCCAGAGACAUCUCUAAGAAGAGCUAAACGUUUAUACUCCGUUCUCUGCUUCUUCGACUUGUUUUGUUGCUGUUGUCAUUAAGAAUCCUGGUUCAGUACGGUCAGAUAUCGAGCACUCUAUUGGGACCAGUUAAAUUAUGGGUGAUGCUGAAUCACAAAGGGCAGAUUUAUUCAAGGAUAAUCCAGUUCUGUAGAAUUAAUUGCCGCUUUAGCACACAUCUUCACUCUUGAAUAUGGUACUCUCCAGAGCAUUAUCCAUCUCUAGGUAUUUUCUCUAUUUGUUUACUGGUCGUAGUUGUCAGAUAAAUUGUGUACUUAUUUGCGGGUACCUGGACCUUUGAAGUUUCUUAUUCGGAGACAUGUGUUUUGCCUAAGGACACAACACUAUCACAAAGGCCAGAAUACUGCGUGUAGGCAGCAUAUAUAUAUAUAAUUAAAAUUUGAAGCAGUCAGUCAGUCCGUAUAUGUUCAUCAGUCUAUCUGCACGAAAACGGAGAGAAACGAGGCAACGAAAAAAGCAUUUGGAAACAUGGCACAGAACAAAACGCUUAAAAUGGUACGGUAUGCACUCUGACUUAAUUGUAUGUUGUUAAGACUUUCAAAUAGUUUGAAAAUGACUCGAUAGGCAAUUGCAGUCUUUUCGGUGUUUUCGGCAAAAAAUUAGAAAGGCAGAAACCCUACAAGUAAACUCAUUCCGAUCGCCAUUUACAGUCCAAACUCAGGAAGUACAAUACUUGAAUAAGCAAAUGGUUAACUGCUCCAAAGAUGUUAACUAAGUACCACAUCGAAGCUUGAGGUUCAUUUUAAUUGUUUCAGUGUAAGAUUUUCAAUGCCACAAAUCUUAAAUGUUGGUUCUACUUAUAUAUAGAUUUGUGACUUAAUUCGCAACCCCUAAGACCGUCUGCGUGGGAGGCUAUUCACAAUCUGGAAUAGUGGAGAGUAGCACGAAAUGUUUCUUCCUCUCACUUUUCUUUGCGCCGUCCCCAUUAUCCUUGAACGCCUUGAACAGUCUUGUGAUAUCCCGGCUUUAUUUGAGGCCGACUUCAUGCGAAAAUUCCGGCCAGGAUGCAAAUAACGCUUAGCGUGUGAACGAGAGCCAGCGUAUGGGUACUAUUGGUCGUUCAGAUCGUGCGAACAAAGCCUCCACAAUACCUUGUGCCCCCAAUUUUCUGCUUUGUUUUGUUUUGUUUUGUUUUGUUUUGGAUGAGAAAAAAGAAGUGAAACCUCUGUGUGGAAUCAAGGUCCCCCUCCGCCAGAGAAAAAAAAUUCGAUCAAGAUUCGACUUUUUACCAAUUCUAAUUGAAUUAGUCAUCCCUUUGUGUUCUUGCGAAAUCGCUUAGUGAGAACGUUAAUUUCCUUUCCUAAAUUACUGAAUGCACUAGGACUUAGAUCUGCUGAGGUACCCUCCUUUGUCGAUGUUUUAAUUAUCUUUAGCAAGAUCCAUUAAGUGUCCGGAUACAAAAAGGUAAUGCGUUAAUUAAAGCCGUGCGUUGUAUUGUUAGUGUACUUACGGUAAAUUAGGGCUUGGUAUAGUACCAAUUUUCAGUGACAAGCAGUAUUUUUAGCUGGGCUUUUCCUUGUCGAAAAGCUAUGAAUAAAUUUUAAAAAUCCUCUGAAAAAUAUCUCUUACGAGAAGAAAAAAAUUGCUAGACUUUGUUUUCUCGGGUCAAGGUUAAAUUUGUUAUUCUUUCUUAAGGCGUCUAUCUUUGAAAUAGAUGGUUUGCAGAGUUUUCACCGGUAAUGGUACUUAAUGAUACCGAGGAAGUAAUUACUUGAUAAAUUGUAUUACUCGGAAGAGUAUUGAUGAAAGAUCAAAUAAGUGUAUAUUAAAAUUUCACUCCUCUAUUUUAUACAAGAUAACACUGAGUGGUAUAGUUGGUUAAAAAUACUGUGUACACUACACUGGGUCGAUUACCUUAAAACGGCGUCAACAAUUAGUUCGUUAUUUCCAAAGCUCUUGAGACUAUGGUAUGUAUAAAAAUCUUAGCUACUUGAAAACGAAUUUUAAGACUGAGUUAUCUCAUUUUUGUCAACCCAAUUCAAAUAGAUUUUUCAUCAAGUUUAUCUGUUUAAUAGUUUUCUUUUUAGUUCAGUUGCAUGGUUGAAAAGAAAACCACAAUAUAUGGGGUUUAUAUGACUGGAAUGUUGAGGCGCGUUUACACUACAGAAAAACUUGUUCGGACCAGCCCAAAACAGUGGUACAGACCGGUAAGUUUUGUAAAGAAAUACUAGAGUUUUCGCAGGGCCAUAGGCGCCUAUAAGGCCCUUUAAAAACUCCAGUUUUUUUUUUUUUCAAACGUAGUAUUGGUGCCGUAUCCCCUUUGGACGGGUCCGGACCAAAUUUUCUUUAGUGCAUGUAAACGCGCCUUUGAAGAUCUCUUUUUUUAUGAAGUUUUAGUCGAAAUCCAAUUCCAAUUUUACAAGAUUUGUGUAUUUUGGUGACAACCGUGUAAAUACUUUAAAGAGGAAAAAAAGGAUGACAAAUAGAAGUCACGCUUGUCCUGUGUUUUAUUGUUUUUUUUUUUUAGUGUUAACCGAAAAAACUUUAUGAAACAAAUUGCUUUUGUAGGAUUUGGUCACACGCUCCUCUCCAUGAAAACAUCUGCUUGUGAAAGAAAGUAAAUGAUUUUUUCUUUGCAUAUUGUAGCUCCCAAAUAUAGUACAUCUAAACGUUGGAGGCCAUUUCUUUACUACUCGACUUUCAACACUACUCAAAGACAAAGAUUCUAUGUUAGCCGCCAUAUUCAGCGGGCGCUUCAAGCUUGAGGUGGAUGACCAAGGUAGAUAUUUCAUCGACCGUGACGGAAAGUAUUUUGGCUAUGUCUUGAAUUAUUUGCGUGACGCGUCACUGCUUCCAGAAGCUUCAGUUGCAUUACAGGUGUAUAGAGAAGCACAGUACUUUCGGGUCGAAGAGCUCAUUCGUCAGCUUGAGCGUUACCCUUGCGUUAUCCCCUAUGUUGUACUUGAGGAACAGAAGAAAAAACUCACCGAAGAAAAGUAUCAACACUGGAAAAGCGUACUUUUAGAAACAACUCAGCGGAAGUAUAGCCAAGUUGUAAAUUCCUCGGUUGGCCAUGACUGCGUGGUGGUAAUGACCAGGUACACAUCAAAGAGUGAUUACGAACUUGGGGACAGCAUCUGCAAAAGCCACACCUCUGCUUGUAAACAUAAAGAGAACUGUAAUGAGCAUCGAUUCUUUAGCGUUGAUGAGAGUGGGGAAGUAGUGCAGCAUUACAUCGGGUCUGAUCUCCCAUUGGUGGAUUUUGUCGUUCCUGAUGAAGAUAUCGCGGAUUGUCGUCUAUUUACGUCACUGGUUGAGAAAGAUCUGCGCGUAGAAGGGUUUUGUGUCAGCGGUAGCUUUUCGCACAGCUGGAGGUGUUUGAAAUGUGACGUCACAGGUUUCCUUCACCAAAUGGCUUUUAGAAUGUAUCUUCCCUCCUUAGCAAAAAUCAUAGAGAAUGACCCUGGAACAAAUUAGUUAUUUGCUUAUUUAAUAUUUAUUAGUUUAUAAAUAAAUUACUACUUAUUUCCAAUAGCUGGCAAAUGAUAACGGACUCAUUGUACCAUGCCAAAACAAAACGUUAAUCAAGUUACUCUUGUAAUUUGUUGAAGCAGUAAUAUACCGAACUUUACGGCAGAAAACCAAGAGAAAGCUAUGCAUGUUGUUGUCAUACAUAAAUUUUAAUGGAACAACAAUUUUUCUCGUUUGCUUUGCUUCGUUUUGCUACUGCGAAUCCCAUAUUCGUAGUUGCUGUAAUCGUUGUCUGUUUGCUCGUAAACUUCCCAGAUAGUAGUAAGUGGAAAUUUCAGGUUUUAUGCUGUAAACAAGUUGCCAAUAAAUUUACCAGCAGGCUCAAGCCUGGUUUCUACUGGCUCUGAUAAUAGAUGAGGGGUACAAGGGUCCCGAGGAAAGCUCCUGUCACCACAGUCCGCCCAGACUCACAACAGCCUACCGGAAGCCAAAGGAUUUGUAUGUUUAUUGUUUCCUGUCCUACAAACGCCAUUUCACCAAAUUUUGAUGUUUUGGUUCAAAACUUGCUGAAAUGGCGUUUAUAAGGCGGGAAAUAGUAAGAAAACAACACAGACACAACACAACUCUUUAUGAGGUAUGUACACUUUAAUGACUGGUUAUGCAUUUUAACCGGAUUCCCAUACAAACAAAUCCGUGAUUCUGGUUGCCCUGUGCGUUGCUCGUGGCACCCGAUGCGAAGUGGCGGGAAAAAAUAAAUAGGUCACGUGGUAUAAGCUGGCAUAAAGCAGUGGGGAUAAACUAGGAAGUUGAAUUUUCUUCAUCGUCUUUGUUAGUUUUGUGUGGGCGUUUUGUUUAUUUUGUAAUCAAUACGACAACGUUUUCGUAUUAAGUAACGUAAAGUGACGGGAGAUGUGCUGGUAGAUGCUUUUACGAGGGGUAAUGUGGAAAAACUAAAAAAAUCAAAACUUCAGAAAGAAGGAGAACAGAGUAAAACAAAGCCCGCGUAAGAAAACUGAAGAGUAGAUUCUGUCUUUACGAAUUUGCCGACGUCUCAACAAGUAAGUAUCUUUACGAUGGUCGCUUUUAGUUGCAGCUGUAUAUUUGAAAUAGUCAAACCUUCCUUGAUGGUGCCUUGAAUUUAACCAAGAUAUGGAGAAACAACGUGAUCGACUUUGCACAAGAUCUUUAAAAACCCGCUUCAAACUAGUCUAUCCAAUUCGCAACAAAAGACCACAAAAACUACAGAACUAGUGUCCAACAUUUUCUGACUAAGUAACGCUUUUCUUUCUUUCUUUUCUUUUUUUUUUUUUUAACUAAAGGCUUCUGAAAGAAAGAAAACGCAGAAUGUUUGCUAAAGCGACAACAUUCUAUUUGUUUUUACCACCGUCAGCGCCCAAGAAACCACGUGACAAACCUUUUCCCAUCACUCUCUACGCGCGCACGAAGCCUUGCCGUUAAAAUUACCCAAAAAGAAGCAUUUCGAGAAUGUUUUUUUACAAAAAUGUUCUUUUUACUCUCAGAAACGCAGCUGGUUGGAUUGUGAAAACCACAUUAAUUAGCAGCAAUAUAAUUGCAUUAAGAAACCUACAGUCCCGUAAUGGGGUGCAAGAUGAGCGAUUCUCCGGAGGCCUCUCACUGGCAUCCUCUUUCUCUGGAAAAGGGGAAGAGCUAAGAGAGAAGCGAAAGGAGGGCUAUUUACCAUUUAUGUGGGAAAACCGGAAAUUCCGGAUGGAAAAUCAAAUAGUACGCCCCAUCCCGUUUGGGAAGCUUCAGAAAAUAUGGGCUGUGAUUUAAGGCUAAGGAAUUUUUCUACUCCUUUUAGUCUGUUUACCUGAUUUGGAUACGUUGUGUAGCGGGUCGUUCUCUCAGCACAUCAAAUGUUAUGGGUGGUUAGUGUAAAUGGUAAGCACCCCCCCCAGGGAAAGAGCGAAGGAACCCUUACCCUUUCCUAUGCAUUCGUCUCCCCUCCCCCCCCCUCCGCCCCCCGUCUUUCACUAGCGCUUGACGGGCAAUUUCCCACGCAGCCAUCACUCACUGAUGAACUUCUCUCAGGGGUCCAACCUUAGCCUGAAAUUCAUCCGAUUGCUUCGAGUCGUUUUCCCCUCUCAACAACUGAGGGAGUAAUAACGACUCGAAGUAAUCGGAUGAAAUUCAGGCUACUUCAACUUGUGCUAUACACUGAGGGCUUUUUAAUCUCCAUACUUCCACUCCGUUACACAUUUGAUAGUACGUAGACUCAUCAAUAUAUUUUUAUGCGACUAUCUUAUGGUAAUUUUUCAACCAACACGGCGGACGUGACGUGAUUCAGGGACCUGCCUCGUUCCUUGGCGUCUCAAGUGUUUGGAACUAAAACGCGACUUCUCACGUCUAGAGGGAAGCUACAUGUAUUUGCAGGUUACUUAUGCUGACAUGUCUUAGCUUGCCCGAACAUGCCCAUGACAAGAUAAGUCACACGCGAAAGACAAAAAUAGAAUGGUUAUGGUGCUGUUAGGGUGGGGUAGGUAGUAGACAAGUUUAGCGCAUCAAUGUUCAAUAUGGGAUGAAGUAAACAGUUAAAAUACCACUUCAAUUAUAAUGCCUUUUAGCAUAUUGUCGCUAAACUAUGGUUAAUUUGAAUGCUACCCCUCAGAAAAUUUUCCUGAUUGAAAUUGAAAAAUAUCUACUUACCUCACCAUGGUGAAGAGUUUUCCCGCGCAACAGUAUAAAUACCGGAAGUAAAAGUAACUUGUUCAUUUCUGCAACGGACAACAAUCGACAACAAAUGGCGACAAGGCCAGCCGCAAACUCGAGUCGAAAAAUUGUGAUUUUUGCGAGUGAAUUAGCCAGUGCGGUUGGACGACAUAGAUAUCAGUCACAAGAAGAGACUUUCCGUAAAGUAUGGCUUCGAUCGCAUCAGCAAUCGUUUUGCUUUGCACAUGCUUUGCAAUUUAAAGAUGAUCUUCGUCAUCUAUUGACACAAAGCGAGGAAUUGAAGACUCAAUUUCCUUCGCUGGAAGGGGCUGAAGGGGAAGUCGAACUUGUCGAUUUCGGUACUAUACUCAGGAAAAUAAUCUGUGAUGUCUCCUUGAGAAAGGUUUACCACCAAAUUCUCUCAUUUCUGAAAGUAAACCUCUUUAAAAGCAGCAAAGAGGAACAAUUAUUGGUCAACGCAAAUGUCGUGGAACAAAUUUCGGAGGAAGUGAAAACACUGUGCAAACAUGAAGAGAAACCGGUGGAAUCCAUCGUGAAAGAGAUCUGUCUUAAGACAGGAGUUGAAAAGAAAGAAGUGGUCGAAGCAAUGGAGUCCAAAAUUACCAAAGAUCGAGGAACGCAACUCGAAAAGAACGCUGUGUUAGAUUUUGGAAAAGAGAAAGGACUUGAAAUUGAACGUCCACCUGUACCUGAGCUGUAUUACAGGGACAUGGAAUAUGAUGGUAUUACUUGGAGUGUAUGCGGUAAAGUUGAUGCAGAGACAGAGGAUACCGUCAUUGAAGUAAAGAACCGCAAGAGUCGUUUCAUGUGUCCUGAGUAUGAUUAUAUUCAGCUUCAGAGCUACUUGUUUAUCUGCAAGAAACCGAAAGGGGUUUUACUUGAGAGGCUGAGAGGGCAAAAUAGAGAAACAUGUUUUGAUUUCGAUGAGGAACUUUGGAAAGAACUUACAAGUGAGCUAGCUGAAUUUGUUGGCGAACUAUCAGAGGCGAUGAAUAUGAGUAAACAGGCUUUGUACGGGUAUUCUUCUCCACGUAAGAGAGAACACGAUAAGAUGUCCCAGAGUGAACCAGUUGGUUGCCAAGCAACAGAAGAGGAGCCAGAGCCAGUGAAGAAGUUAACACUGGAGGAAUCCAAAGACAGUUCAGUAAUUCCUGAGGUGGAAAACAAACAGCAGGCUGGCUCUAAUGAACUUUAA